AUGGGCGCCGCCCUUAGCCGGUGCACCGGUGCCCGUGGCGCGCAAAGCCCCGGCGAGCCUCACUCUCCCGGCGACACUGGCCAUGCCGAGCCGCGCAGAAGGCGGUAUUCGUUGUCGUCACUAUCGUCGUCAUCUUCGUCGUCGUCAUCGGCUUCGUCAUCGUCGUCAUCCGUAUCAUCAUCGUCGUCGGCCCCGUCAUCGGGCAUCGACUUCAGCGACGACGCUGACCUCGCCGAUCAGCUGCGUGUCAUCCGGACAGAGGUCGAGCGGCUGCAGCACGGCCUUGAGUCGACGCUUGAGCUGCAGAGCAAGGAGUUGCGCCGCGAGCUAGACGACCUGGAGAUGCGGGUCUCGCAGGCCGGAUCGCUCCGCGGCUCGCUGCCCCUGCUCGACGUCUCAGCCCGCCCCUCGAGCCACACGCUGACCCUGCCGAUCAAGUCGGACGCGGUACCGUACGUGGCGCGGCCACGGAUUGGUGCUGCCUACCGCUCGUCAGACUCGGGACUGACCAUUUCAGACGCAGCCGUCAGCGCUCCCGACUCAUCAUCGUCGGCGCUCAACUCGUCGUGGGACUCGGGCAUGAGCUCGACGUCCGACUCGGCCGCCAUCAUCUCGCCUGCCGCCGCCCGCCGCGCCGAGCGCAAAGCUGCCGCCGACAACCUCGCCGCUCGCGUCGCCCACUGGAACGGUCCGCGCGUCCUGCUCACCCGCAAGGAGGGCAUUGCUGUCCUUGCUGCCGCUACCGACGCGCCGGCCGUCGACUUUGCCACCGUCUACGCCUACUACCUGCCGGGCUCGCGCUCCGUGGCUGUGUGGGCCUUCUUCGACUCGGCAGAUCACAUGGUCUUCGCCCUAGAGCGCCGCCGUGGCCUAACCCCAUCGCCGCCGCGCACCGCCCCCGCUCUGCGCCGCGGCGAGAGCCACACCCUCCACCCGCGCCGAUCCUCGCGCCGCCGCUCUUCACACUCAUACCUCCCUGCCGACUGCAAGCACGGCCGCAGCCACAACGUCGCUGACACCAACCACGAGCUCCUAUCGUCCCAGCCGCCACUCUCCCACCGCAUCGCACGCUCGCGCUCCUCGCAUGGUUCAUCAUUGGCCUCGGAUGCUUUCUCGCCCCGCCGCCGAUGA